ACUUAUUUUUUACAUAAUCUAGAUUUCUCUCUCUAGAUUCUCUCUCUAGAUUCUCUCAAUUUCUAGACUGUAAUCAUCUUCAAUCUCUUCAUAAUUGAGCUGUAUUCUUCAUCUCUCUAUACAAUCCAGUGGAUUAAGAAGCAUUCGGAUCUCGGUUAUGGUUGUCUGAUUAUGGCUUGAGCUGCUCGAAUCGUUGCUAUAAGAGAAACUCGCAGCAAUUUGUCUUUGACGAUGGAUAAAAUCUACGCUUCCUGGACGAUUAUGUUGAUAUUUGUUCCAUUGGUACUGCAAAUCAUUGUUGUAUUAGGAGCUGAUUAUGUUCCAACUGAUAAGAUUCUUCUAAGCUGUGGAUCGAAUUCAGAUGCAACAGAUUCCGAUGGUAGAAAAUGGACUACAGAUGUUGGAUCGAAGUUUGCAUCUCCGAAUGGAAAUGCAUUAGCAUCAACAGCUUCUACUCAAGAUCCUUCGGUUCCUUCAAUUCCUUACUUAACAUCUCGAAUAUUCAAGUCAAACUACGUUUACAGUUUCCCUGUUGCGCCUGGUCGUAAAUUCAUCCGACUUCAUUUCUAUCCAUCUUCAUACUCGGGUCUAAACUCCACAAACGCCAUAUUCUCAGUAACUGCUGGACCGUAUACACUUCUAAAGAACUUCAGUGCAGCACAAACAGCUGAAGCGUUGAAUUUCGCUUUCAUUGUGAAAGAGUAUUCCAUCAAUGUGUUAACCGAAUCUAUAAACUUAACCUUCACCCCAUCUACUACUAUCCCUAAUUCAUAUGCUUUUGUAAACGGAAUUGAAGUCAUCUCCAUGCCUGAUAUCUACAAUACAGCUGAUGGAACCACCUCACUCGUCGGCCAAUCUGCACCCUUCAUCAUAGACAAUAGUACUUCUCUCGAAAAUGCUUACCGACUGAACGUGGGUGGAAACGAUAUUUCACCUACAGGUGAUACAGGUCUUUAUAGAUCAUGGUAUGAUGAUUCUCCUUAUAUUUUCGGGGCAGCUUUCGGGGUUACAUUGUUUAAAGAUGUAAAUCAAACCAUCGCGUAUCUUUCGGGUACACCUACUUAUGUUGCGCCCUUAGAUGUUUAUUCCUCGGCUAGACUUAUGGGUCCGAAUCCGAGCAUCAACCAAAACUAUAACUUGACUUGGAUAUUCACGGUGGACUCAGGGUUUGCUUAUCUGGUUAGGCUUCAUUUCUGCGAGAUCGAUCCCAAUAUCACCAAAGUAAACCAACGGGUAUUCAAUAUCUAUAUCGGUAACAGAACUGCGCAAAAUGCGGCUGAUGUUCUCGCUUGGUCUAGAACCGACGGUGUUGCUAUCCAUCAAGAUUACGUCGUUAUAGUUCCUUCUGGCCCUCCGCAACAAGAUCUUUGGCUUGCAAUGAAUCCUAAUACCGCCUCGAAGCCCCAAUUCUACGACGCGAUCUUGAACGGAGUCGAGAUUUUUAAAGUCAACGACACUUCGGGGAAUCUGGCUGGCCCGAAUCCUAUCCCCGCCCCGAAACAAGAGAAAAUUGACCCGUUGAUUCCCAUUGGCCGAUCUGGAGCUCGUAAUAAUAGAAGCGCGGUGAUCGGGGGAACUGUCGUUGGAGGGAUAGUGGCGCUUUUUCUCGUAGUCUUGCUCGUUUGCUUCAUUUCUCGUCGUCGUAAAAAUGGGAAGUUUUCGAGUCCGAGUGACGGACCCUCUGGUUGGCUUCCUUUGUCUUUAUACGGAAAUUCGCAUACUUCAGGUUCUACCAAAACCAACACCACCGGAAGCAUUGCAUCUUCUAUACCGUCAAACCUAUGCCGUCACUUUUCAUUCGCCGAAAUAAAAGCUGCCACGAAAAACUUCGACGAGUCUCUAAUCCUCGGUGUAGGAGGUUUCGGGAAAGUGUACAAAGGUGAAAUAGAUGGCGGAACUAUGAAGGUGGCUGUUAAGAGAGGAAAUCCUCUUUCGGAACAAGGCGUUAACGAAUUCCAAACGGAGAUCGAAAUGCUCUCGAAGCUUAGACACAGACACCUUGUUUCCUUAAUCGGUUAUUGCGAGGAGAACUGCGAAAUGAUACUCAUCUACGAUUACAUGGCCCAUGGAACACUCAGAGAGCAUCUAUACAAGACCAACAAGCCUCCGUUACCAUGGAAACAAAGGCUCGAGAUUUGCAUAGGAGCAGCUCGUGGUUUGCAUUAUCUCCACACUGGGGCAAAGCACACCAUCAUCCAUCGCGACGUCAAAACAACCAACAUUCUGCUCGACGAGAAAUGGGUCGCAAAGGUCUCCGACUUCGGAUUGUCGAAAACAGGUCCCACUUUAGACCACACUCAUGUCAGCACUGUUGUGAAAGGAAGCUUCGGGUAUCUCGAUCCUGAAUAUUUCAGGCGACAACAACUAACUGACAAAUCCGACGUUUACUCGUUUGGAGUCGUUCUAUUCGAGAUCAUCUUAGCUCGUCCCGCCUUAAACCCAACCCUUCCAAAAGAACAAGUCAGUUUAGCCGAGUGGGCGUUACAUUGUCAUAAAAAGGGUAUUCUCGAUCAACUAACCGAUCCUUACCUAAAAGGAAAGAUUGCUCCUGAAUGCUUUAAAAAGAUAGCAGAGACAGCGGUUAAGUGCGUUUCAGAUCAGGGUAUUGAACGACCCUCCAUGGGGGACGUGCUGUGGAAUCUCGAGUUUGCUCUUCAGCUUCAAGAGAGCGCGGAGGAAAGUGGGAAGGGAAUCGACGGAGGAAUUGGUAUCGACAUUGAAGAUGAUCUGAUUGAUUUGGGAGGAGGUAAGGGGAAGAAAGAUUUAGAAGGUUCAGCCGGUUUUGAUGGAAGCGUAACUGAUUCAAGGAGCAGCGGGAUAUCGAUGAGCAUUGGUGGCCGCAGCUUAGCAAGCGAAGAUUCCGACGGUCUGACACCAAGUGCCGUGUUUUCGCAGAUCAUGAAUCCGAAAGGACGUUGAUCUGAGAAUGAUCGAUGAAAAAGAUUCAUCGAUUUAAGUUGUCUUGUUGUAUUAUACAUGAUGGUGUGUAUUUUUCCAUCAUUCUUUUGUUGUUUGUUCUUGUUGUAUGUGAUAUUGUGUACUUUUAUUUAUUUAUUUAGGAGCAUAAAACAUUGGCCAAAAUUAUUUUGUUUGUUUUGUUGAGGUAUUUUGGAGUUCCACUUCUAUAAAGAAAAUGUUGUUA